AUUAAGUAUAUAAAGAGACUCUUCUUCUUAAACAAUUAGUUACACUUAUGUUGUGGUUGUUAUAGUGGUUUAGGAAAAAAACAACCAAUAUGAAAUUGGUUUUUACUUCAUUUUUAAUAGGAAUAUGUUCGGCUGCUAGGUUAGAAAAUACAUAUCUGCCCCCCAAUGGGGGAAGGGGAGCAGGCGGUGGUCCGGGUUUGACAGCACCUAGACCAAGUGGAAACGGUGGAAAUGGAGGGCCAAAGCCAGUUUACGGCGCUCCAAACGGUGGCCGAGGGGGCGGUGGGUCCGGUGGUGCUGGUGGGGGCGGCGGAGGAGGUGAACCAAUUCCGAUUAUAUCCUACGAGAAUGUAAAUAAUGGUGACGGCAGCUACAAAUUCAGUUACGAAACAGGCAAUGGCAUCAAAGUCGAAGAAGAAGGAGAAUUGAAGAAUGCCGGCAGUGAGAACGAGGCGCAAUCAGCAAUCGGAUCAUUCUCUUACACAGCUCCGGAUGGACAAGAAAUAAAAGUUGAAUACACGGCUGACGAGAACGGGUUUGUCCCCAAAGGGGCUCACUUGCCAACGCCACCUCCAAUUCCGGAGGAAAUUUUAAAAUCRCUGGAGCAAAAUGCGGCCGAAGAAGCUGCCGGUGGGGGCGGGUAUGAGAACGGAGGUGCUCCUGCAGGAGGUGGAAAUGGGUAUCCUCGAGGUCCGGGUGGAAAUGGAGGGGGAAAUGGGGGUGGAAACGGAGGUGGAAACGGAGGUGGAAACGGAUACAGGUACUAGGGUUGUUUAACAAUAAUUCAUCAGUUUUUCACACCCAUUUAUUUAUUUUGUCAUAAACAUUGUAAAACUCGUUGUAUAUUUGUUAUCUUGUAAUGGAAGUUAGUAACAAAUUUUCAACGAAUUGUUGCCGCUACAAAUUGUAAUAUUAAUGUUGACAUAAUGUUAGAAAUAGAUUGUUGACGACUGUGCAAUGAACUGGAUAUUGAAUAAUUUAAGAUGUGAUUACACCUGCCUUACCCUCUGUGUCAUUAUAUCCCACUGACGUGGGUAUUAUUUAUAAUAUUUUAAUGUUAUGUGAAGAAGUAUAAAUGCAAUACAUAUGAAAAUGAACAUAUUGAGAAAAAUAGUUGUGUUUUUUU